CUACUACUACUACUACUACUACUGCUACUCAAUCCCGGUGUCAGGAAGUGAUAGCAGCGGCAUCAACAUCGACGACACGGGUGGGGCAGCAUCCUGCUGGAGGAGGUAGGGCAGCUUCUUCUUCUUCUUCUUCUUCUUCCGAUACAUCGGCUGCUCCUGCCGCUACAACAACAACAACAGCAACGACGGCGACAGAGGGUCAUGCAACAACUACAACUACAACAACAACGCAAUAUAGAAGGAUCCAUAUAUCAUCGGUGCUGGCGUCUGAUGAUGAUGACGAUGACAACGACACGCGCUCGGCAUGGCCACAACAGUAUCCAUGGCAAUGACGAUGACACUCGCGCAGUGUGCGUGGUCUCUAUGUAUACUUAAAGGACCUACUCCACUCUCCCACGCGACGACCUUGCACUCCCUAGAUUACCAUUCAAUGCUAUUGCCGAUCGCAUUUUCUAUUUUCCUUUAUCUUUGUUGCUUGUUCCACUUCUCACGGCUUAUCGUUCUCUUGCGCUUUCUUCACUCUCUAAAACUUGUAUAUAUAGUAUACCACGAAAACUCAAAAUGGAACGCACUCGCAUCACAUCACAUCCAACAUCCCAUCACAUACACCAGUAGUUUUUUGUUCUUAACUCAUUCAGCACGCAAUACACUCACACACACACACAAAGAGAAGCACACCUCUUCUCGACCAUUUUGUUCCAAGCAUCUUUACAUCUCAAUAAUAUUCAUAACAGUAUAUACAUAUAUAUAUGUCUACUACUAACCACUCUCUCGGGGGUGUUCCCCCCCCAAAAGACUUAACCCCACAGGUCUUUUAGAAAAGAAAAAAAGAAAUAAAAGUAUAUUAGCUCCAGGGCACUCCCUAAAUAAGCGUGUAUACUCAGCUUAUGCAACUGAA